GCGAGAGAGCGCGCGUGUGUUGUGCUGUGUUGUGUGUGAACUGUGCUCGUACAGGAUUGGUCCAGUGUAUAAACACAGACUUUACUGCAUACUUUACUGAUCAUACUAUUUACUGUGGGAGAGUGCUCGCGUGAUACCGCUUUCUCAGACAACAUCAGAUUUAAAGAUGCGCGAGAGCGGGUAGCAUGGGGCAGGCCGGCAGCCAGCCGAGCGGCGCCGAGCGCGCGCGCCGCGCACACACCUUGCCGCACGAGCCGCUCCGACAUGCGCCCAAGGUGCUCCCGUCGCUAACGGCGUCGCCGCGUCUCCGCAGCACGGACAACGGUGCCAUCCUCCACUCUGGUGGUACCAUCAGCGGCAGACGACCCGGCCCCGAGACCAGGGUUCCUCAUGGACAUGUGCACUCGAACGUGUUCCGGUCGCGGUCAGCAGGUGGUGUGGGGGAGGCGCGAGAGCCGCUGCACCGCUCACACACUAACCUCGACAUCAGACAUGACGGGAAUAGUCUCAACAAGCGGUUUGGAUCUGAACCAGAUCUGAGAACCGAAGAGGAACAGAAAAAGAAGUCAAACACAAGACAUUUUAGAAAAAAAUAUAGGGCACCACAACCUCCUGCAGCGAAUCGUGAAGGGUCAUCCCCAGAUUCGAGAGGUAACAACACUAAGACUGAACCAAAUAAAAAACUUAGACUAUUUAGGACCAGAAACGAGAGCAAACAGUUAAAUGGUAAUAUCGACAUAAAAGCGCCUGUGUAUAAAAGUUUCAAUGAUUUCAAGUCAUUAGAAACCACCGAACAAUUAGAAAGACGGUAUAAAUCAUUAAACAAGGGUAAAGAAACGCACCUUCAAUACCCUGACAACAGGGAUAUGGUCCAAAGCACUGCGUCCCUGAAGAGAGAAGAACGUCUUCUACAGGCGCGCCAAGAUUAUAAAAAUGCGAGGUCAGAUAGAGCGGGUGCACAAAGGUCAAAAAUACCAAGAGCAAUUGAGCAAAACGAAGCUUGGAAGACACCACUUAUAAACAAAAACUUUAGGUACUCGGAAAGGUUUAGAAAAGACGAAAACGAUUCGCCUGUUUUAAGGCGAGAAAAAACAUUCGACAGUUUAUUCUUCAAUGAAAGUAGAAACGAUUCACCUAACUCAUAUGAGAACAAAAAUAAAUAUGGAAACCCUAAAGCAGUCAGCCCACUAGGUGACAGGAACCAGCCUUUGAGAAAGUCUCUUCCUUCAUUACUCGCAAAAAGUAAAGAAGUAAAAGAUGAAUUUCAAUUAGAACUUAAAAAGGCAACGAAUAAAGUUAAAAACGAAUUAGGAGAUACACAUAGAUUAAGCGAUACAAAAACUAGUCAACACGAUAAACUUCAUAAAAACCCAACGAAAAAUGACUUUCAUAGUAAGGUCAGAGAAUCUAGUCUUAAAUUGGAUAAUAAUACGAAACAAGAGUCUAAAGUCAUUAGUGUGAAUAUGAGGAAACCGUUAAGUAGACUUAAUGACGGUAAAAUGAAAGCUUCCCCUCAAACUAGAGUGAAUAGCGAAAACUCUGAUAAAUUCACAUUUAACAAGGAGAACGGGACGAUGAACGACCGAGGCCAAGCGUCGGGGAAAGAAUCAACACCAGAACAUUCACCCACGAGAAGGCAAAAACUAUCGCAACAUAAUCUCAAUGAUAGGCAAAAAUCUGCGCCAUCCAAACAAUUUUAUUUUGGAAUGAUCGAAAAUAAACAACCUGAACCGAGUGAUCGACUGAAAGAUUUCCCGGGUCUAGGGACACCGAUCAUUGAGGAAUUCAAUAAUUUCCAUCUCAUCGAGAAAAAGUUACUGGGAUAUCACGACGAGGACGAAAUGGAAAAGUUUAACGAGAAGUUAAAAGUGGAAUGUAAAAGAAAUUUGUCAUCGGAGUCAGCGCUGUCAUCAGACGGAUCAGAAGGCGAGGGCUCCGACAGCUCCCUGGGGAUCGCACUACGACUGCGGCCGACCAUGCCAAAGAAAAUGCCAAAUAUGCCACACUUCUCCCCCGCAGCUGCUUGGAGACAAUUAGCUAGCUUGGACGCUCAACUUGCAGAAACACAGCCUCUAGCAGUUGUAACAAAAUUGAUGGGAGACAUAUCGGCCGAGUCAUCGCCGCGCUCGGACCAGUCGGCCGACAAAUCCGGGGACUCGGGCAUUUCGGGUGACCACGGCCACAGUGAUCACAGGCUUGACUCUCCAAGAGACAUCCCAGACACGGCCGCGUGGACGCCGCAACAAGACCUCGGCGACAGCAGCUCCGACGGCGCUGGUGGUGGUCACGAUAUCCACGGCGCAGUGGUCGCCACCUACAGCCCGGGAGUCCAGCCUUUCAGCCUCACCCUACCCAGGGACCAGGAUAAAAGCAAACAGUUGCAGCAAGGCUUCAACAGCCUCCAGAAACUUCGGAAGUCUGUCUCCGGGGCGCUGGGGGCCGCGCUAGGGUCCAGGAGAUUCGAUUUGGAGCAUGAGCCCAUGUUGGAGGAACCACAACAGAACUGGUUCCUCACAAAAUCUGCCCCAAAUUCCUUGAGUAAUCCCUUGUUGUAUCACCAGCCGCUAAGAAAUAAAAAUUCUCUUACUGACGAGAAGGAGGAAUCUUCGUUGCCGAAUGAAAAGGAGUCUGAGGACCGGUGGCGCGGCACCAGCUACAUGUCGUGGGGCGGGCACGUGAUGUACCUGCCGCCCGCCCCCGCCGCGCCUGCCGCCCCAGACCAGCCGCUCUCCAUCAUGGGGACUUUUGAGAGACCUGUCAGGAGCAAAUCAAGCGGUUGUCUGGAGGUGGCAGCUCGCGCGGCGCGAUCGGCGCUGGCGGGGGAGAUGCGGGAACGGGAGCGGUCCGCCUCGCCCGACCUCGCGAGAGCGGUGCCGGCGCGCGUCGAGCCUGUGCCAACGCGCACCACGAACGUCCGUCGCGGCAAGCGGUUCACGUUCCAGUCCACCGUCAGACAGCUGGAGCGCCGGCGACUGGCAGAGAAGCUGUCCCGGGAGGCUGAUCUCAAGGAGCAACAGAGAAAAACCGAGCUGGAGGCCAUGAGGAGGGUCGAAGAAGAAUUCCAACGCAAGCGUGCGAGGGAGAAGGCGAACAUCCGGCAGCAACUGCGGCUCGUGAGCAGCGGCGCCAACAGCAUGCAGUCGCCCACAGCUAACUCCAAGUGUCGCGACGAGCCGGACGGGUCGUGUCGCGCAUCGCCGGCGGCGGAGCGCAGUCGAGACGCGCGUCCGCGACACAGCAACGCCUCAUCCGAAGUCAGCGGUCGCAGCAAGAGCUCCACUCCUAUUCGUGGGGUGGAGCUAUCGGAGUGGAAGGACAGCUCGACGCGCGUGUACCGCGACUGGGGCGCGCCGCCCGCGCUGGCGCACGCGCACCCGCCCGCCUGCGCGCGCAUGCCCAUGACCGCCAACAACGCCUACAACGAGGGUUCGUUCAGCGGCAGCCCGGUGUCGGACAACUACCGUGCGGAGUGGGCGCGCGGGCGGUCGCUGACGCCGCGUGCGCCUCGCCUGCUGCCCGCGCGCUCGCCCGCCUCCUCCACCAGCGGCUCCGAGUUGUCGCUGCGACCCGCCGUGCGCGUCAGUGAACCUGAAACGAAGGUGGAGGAGCCGGCCAUAGUGCCCAACCUGCGGCCAACCGGACCGACACGGACCACGCUCGCCAUGCACUGACCAAAAUUAUACCCUCCGUACAGGAAAUAAAGCUCACAUUUGCUUGUAAGAUUGACAUAAAGGACCAAGAAUGUUAUAGUCUUGUAAAUGAAAAGUAUAAUAUACAGAUGUAAUAACUGUUAAAAUAUCAUAGAAUUUAUACGUAAAUGUAAGAAAAUAUGUCUAAUCAUUUUGACGAUAUUAAUAAAUAUAAGCAAAUAUAAUAAUUAUUAUACUUCUACCUAAAUUAGGUACGGUAUGCCUAACAUAAGACGUAAUUUUUAACCGUAAUGUUAAUGUUCCGUCAAUUUCUUGGAGCUUUCAUUUGAAUGUAUGAUAUUAGAUAAUAUAUUAUCUAGGUAAGUUGUACCUAAAUAAUAAGAUAGUAUUAUGGUAAGCAAUAACACUCAGGUCCUACCUUGUAACUACCACAUCCAUAUCUACUUGUCCUAUGCAAUAUUUAAAUUAUGAAAGGAACAUAAGGAACAAAGUACUUAUUCUAGAAUAUUAAAAAACUUAAAAAAACUGUUAACGAGCAGACGUAACUUUAACAUGCAGCAAAAAUAAAACAUUUCGUUAAAAUGCAGAAAAAAAUUACAUUUCGUAAACAUUUAAAAAAUGAUAACAAAAAUAUAUUGUCACAGGGCAAAGUAUCAAGUAACUCUGUACAUUCCAAAUAGCUUAACUUUAUAAUAAGACUUAAGUAUACCAGAAAUGCAAUAUUCGAUGUAAAAGUCUUCCCGACAUAACUCUAAAGCUUUAAUAAUUACGUGCUAAACAUACGGUGCUAAGACUAGACUAGACUAGGCUAAGUUGUAAUCGUGUAUAUUGUGUAUUGUCUAUAUGUUAAAUACUCUAUGGUAAGAUUUUUAUGAAUAAACUUUCGAAAAGA